GAAGCUCUGCAGCUGAGGCUGAUUGCAGCACUUACCCAUUUAAAAAAAGCAAUACCCAGUGUGCCCCUAACUGGCAAUUCCCCUACAGCCUGGCAUAAGAAUGGGCAGGCAGCUGUGCACCUGUAAAAAGUCAUUACUAAUUGUCUACCUCAUUUUAUAAUAAGUAGCUCUGAUAUGGUCCCUGGCAAUUAGCUGGAGCAAAGGCUAAUACCUGCCUUGGAAUUUCAGUGCCCACUGCCUGCUUUCCAUCUGCCAGAGAGAAACAGUGUAGGAGUAGAGAGGGCAGCCUGAGCACAGCCUCCUAUAUGAAUGUCCUUAUUUAGUCAGCCUGUGAGGUGGAGCAGCGCCACUCUGCAUUCCCUCAGCUCAGGAGGAGGGAAAAAAAAAAGUCAGCCCCAAGUCAGUGUUAACUGUCUGCGCUGCCUCAUGCAGCCUCCCUCGGCUAAACAUAAGGAUCUGACCCGAAAAAAGUCUUUCCCCCUGUGCAGCCCAGUUUAUUAAUCAAAGUGGGACCCUGAAGCCAGACACCCCCCCCCCCCCCCCCCCAAUCGCCGUGACAGUAACAUGUCCUACUGAGCCACCAUGCACUUCCCAGCGGCGCUACCGUGUGACAAUGACCCCUCAGCAGAACGCUAAUCUGCACCAGGGACACAGCAACGACCCGGGGACUCUCUCUCAGGAGGGGGGAAAGAAGAUGAAGGGGUCAGUACAACGCAGACGCUCCUCUUCCUCAGCCCUCUCUCGAGCCCUGAGCAAGACCAAGUUAAAUUCCAGAGAGGUUUCACUGUUUCCUGCACAUUCUGGUAAUGGACUUCUCCUUGGGGCUUUCUGCAGUCCUAACUCUAUGAUUAUCCUAAGGGAACGGGUGCAGUUAACCAGUGGAUGGCAGACCCAAGAAAGACAUCUCUACCUGUUCAGUGAUGCCCUCAUUAUUGCAAAGUCAAAGUCUUCAUCCACCCUGAAGCUAAAGAAACAAAUCCGUUUGAGUGAUAUAUGGACAUCUUCCUCCCUCUGUGAAGUCUCUGAAAAAAAAUUAAGCUCUGACCACUCUUUUGUUAUUGGCUGGCCCACAACAAACUACGUUGUGACUUUCAGUUCCUCAGACAUCAAGGAGAAGUGGCUCUCGACUUUGUGCUGGCAUAUUAACGAAGCCAAGAAAGAUGAGUACCCGACCAAAAUUCCCAUCAGUGUUCUGUACCUGGACGCAGAGGAAUUCAGCACUAACACUGUUGUUAAUGUGUCUAAUGUGGAUACAGCAGAUACAGUGAUUAAAUUGGCUUCGCAGCAACUUGGAAUUCCGGGCAGACCCGGCGACUACCAUCUGUGGGCGAUGUCAGGAAAAGAAGAUUCUGCAUACCCUUUGAUUGGCCAUGAGUAUCCAUACGGUAUCACAAUGAGCUGCCUAAGAGACUCCCUGCAACAAUCCAGAGGAAUCAACAAUAACAUCUUCUUAGACUUAGGCUCCGAGUCUGUCAUCAUGGAACAUGUCCCCAAAGAGAGACAGUGCCAGUUCAUCCUGAAACUGCGAAGCCACGUUUCCCUGCACCUGAGGAGAGAUCCUGUCCAAAAACACAAGAGAAAGAAAUCCCUCAUUGACUGGGCUCUGCGACGCAGCGGCAGUACUCCUUUAAGUAGCCCCUCAUCCCAGUCACCCUGCACACCCCGAAAACUCUUUGGAUUGUCCCUGUCUUCUGUCUGUCGCAAUGGCAACCUGCCCAAACCAAUUAUGGACAUGCUCCUUUUGCUAUAUGAGGAAGGCCCAAACACCAAGGGAAUCUUCAGGCGCUCUGCCAAUGCCAAGACUUGGAAGGAGCUAAAGGAAAAGUUAAUCUCUGGGGAUGAGGUGCAGAUAGAUGGAGAAUCUGUGUUUGUGGCCGCUGCUGUAAUUACGGAUUUUCUGCGCAAUAUACCUGACAGUAUUCUAUCUUCAGACAUGUACGGGCUGUGGAUGGAGGCUACGGAGAUUGAACAGCAUGAAUAUAAGAUUGACAUAAUAAAAAGGUUACUGGAGCAGCUGCCAGAAGCCAAUUUUAUUCUGCUUCAACAUUUAUUUGGUGUUUUGCAUCACAUUGAGAAGAAGUCUGAAGAAAAUCAGAUGACCGCUUUUAAUCUUGCUCUUUGCAUUGCCCCCACCAUGUUAUGGCUACCCACAGCCAAUGACCCUGAGGAAGAGAGCAGAUCGGCCAAAAAGGUGGCUUUACUGGUGCAGUUCCUGAUUGAAAAUUAUGAAGUUAUCUUUGGACAUGAUGCAGCCUCUUUGUUUAGAAAACCUGAUCAGGAGCAGAUGGCAAGCACCGAGGAUUUGGCUGGUAUAACCCUAAUGCAUGGGCAGGAUUCAUCUGAUGAACUUGAGUUUGCUGCAUCUGACCUGGACAAGUCCAACUUGAACUUGCUUAAAGAUGUUGAUGGGAUAUUUGAUGAAUCCUUGCUGUUGGAGGAGAAGGAAGACUGGGACCUAUUCAGUGAAAUAACUGCCUGCUACCAAAGCAAAGCACGAAUGAACAAUUUGGAAUGUUACGGCAAGGACUCGUUUAGCUGUCUAGAUUCAGCCUGCAGCCUUAGUCCUGCCCGAGACAGGUGUUCUUCUGAACCGAGUGUUUGUGUCAGUUCCAAGAUUUCGGUCCAGGAUCAUGAACCUGUUGCGCGACAGUCAAGCUGUGAUGCCACAAUUAUGCACAAUCACAUUGACUAUAUUAAUCAGCUAAAGCAACUGCAGCUGGAGAGCCAGAGGUUUAUAGGUAAAGGACUAAGUACCAACAUGAACAAGUCCAUACAUCCCUACUGGAGAUCUCCACAAGCCAAUAAAAGGACGGACAAAAAAAGUCCACAAAAGUCAAACCCUUCCAGCAGGUCAAGCUUUUCAAGUCUGUCAUCUACCACCACUUCUCCUUCAGCCACCUCACUGAGUUCUCUUGACAGUGCUUUCUCCUACUGCUCAGAGUCUUCUGUCUUCAGCCCCAGUGAAGCAUCAUCACUACCAUUCAUGUUUGGGACAUCAGCAAGGCUACACACACUUUCUCCAGAAAUUUCCAAAAAAAAGCUAAAAGAAUGGCAUUUGCCUCUUUCCACACUAUUGGGGGGUGACUCCUAUGAGCUAGACUCAAACGAUGAACAGGCAGUGCCUACUGAGAAAUGUAGUGCAACAAGUCAGGGGGCAGAAGCUAAGGCUACAUUUGAGAAACCAAAACACAUUGGGGAUAGUAUUUUUGAUAACAAAGAAGUUGAUGGCCUGCAUUGUCCUGAACAAGCCAAGAGUAGUUGUGCUAUUAUGCCUGAUUCAAGUUGUGAACCUUGCUCCAGUGAAACAAAUGCGUCUUCAGAGAAUGGUCACUGUGUGCGCAGAGAGACCUCUAUAAAGCACAUUGAAAUCAAGAGGUCAGAGACUUCGUGUGAUGAAAACGUAAAGCGCACAAAAAUUACUUUCUUUAUGACUCCACAUGUAAUGCAAGUGGAAAAUGUGGGUGACCAAAAUCCAAAUACAGAUUCGGAGGUGAAGGUGCACAUACCCCAGACAGUAUUUUAUGGUCAAAACACCCCUCUGGUUGUCCAUUCAGUUGCUAGAAGGCAACAUUCUAGAGUGGAAAAACCUCACUGGCAAACACAGCUUAAACAUGUUUUAAAACGAUCUCCCACAAAGGACAUGCUAACUGGAGAUCCAGUUGAAAAUGGGACCUCUCCUGCAGAGAAUCAGGACAAAGAAAGAGAGAACAGAGAGCAUAGCGCAGAGGAGAGUAAAACAGAUCCAGCACUUAAUAAGGGCCACAAGGCCAUAGCUUCUUUUAGCCAUAGCAUACGCAUUAUACUGCCUUCUUCUGUAAAGAACACUGUAAAAGAGUACUUCCGGCACAGUGAGUCUAGAUCUGCCAGUGCUUCUCAAGCAGAUUCCAUGGAAGAUGAACUGAUGGAAAAAGAGAAACUGCAGGGGCCAGACAGUGACACAGUAGCAAAGGGCCAAAGCUGUGUUGCCGAAAAAACUUUUGUGUAGAGCUGGUUUUGUACAGAUAUUCCCAGAAAAAGUAAUGUAUAAAGUCUGAGACAUGAAGAAUUAGAUGUAAAGAAAUUGCGGGAAAUAUGUGCAACGAGGAAUAUAUUUUUUAAUUGUUUCAUGUUUUCUUUCGUAAAUUGAAUGUUUUUUUAAUAUGCUUUGCUUUUCCUUAAAAACUCCUAUUUAUAUUUCACACCAAAGACCCAAGCUCCACGCUCACAGAAGCCUCCAUAUAUUUCAUGUAAUGCAGAUUACAUUCUGCCAGACAGUCGAUCCCCAGCCAGUCUGUCUGCCUUAUGUCCACCUCGACCUUCAGCAGACUCAAAAUCCUAAAAAAAAAAUCCUGAAAAUGUUUCCAGAAAUUUAUAAUGGAAUUAUGGAAUAUGGCAGAACUUUGGAUCUGAUUUUUGGAAUCUGUAUCAAAUCUACCACAGCAUUCCUGCAAAGAAAGGGAUACUAAAAAUGGAGUUUGUUUGCCUGGGGAUGAUGAUACCAAUAUAGAAUCGUUCCACCAGCGACAAAAGCUGGUUGGACAAGAAGCAACAGUGUUUGUAAGGACAAAAAAUACUCUCAGUCUGAUGGACUGAAGCAAAUUUGCACUUCUAACGUGGGAAUGAGAUGCCAAGGAAAGAGAAUGUAUUGUUCGUGUGUAUUAGCAUGAGGGUGCUCGUAUGUGUUUAAAUGGAAAAGAGAGGAGCAGGGAUGAUAUUAUAUUAUAGGGGUUGGGGUAAGAUUUAUUAUUUUAAACCAGGGCAAAGUAUGUGGGCAUUGCAGUUUUCUAAUAGGUAUUCAGCUAGGCCUGGGUGGCAUGCAUAUGUCAGCAACUGGAGGCUGCAGGGUUGGUGUUAAGUUUGGGCAGAAGAGGCACAUUAUGUGCCAUCAGAGGGGCCAUAGGAUGAUAAGAAUUGGGCAUAAAGUACCCAGGAUGUGUAUUGUGUAACUAUUGAUAGAUAUUUUUGGCAUGUGGCUGCCCAAUGCUCUAGCUUUUGUUAAACUGUAGCUCCUAUCAACAGCUGAAGGGUGGCUGCCUGCUUUAAUUAAUUAACUAAUUAAUUAGUUUUGAUAACUUAGUCAUGAUAGUCUCAAAAAACAGGCACCAUAGUAUGUGGACCACAGCUCCCAUAAUCUUCAGGCAUUGAGAGGUUGAGUGAGAAUAAUGGAAGCCAGGGCCGCCAUCAGGGGGGACAGUCCUGGAGGAUUUCAAUUUUUAAGGGGGGCCCAGCAGUGCUGCACUUUCCGGAUUAGCUGGGCUUCCCUAGAACAGGAGUUGAAGUGGGACAUUGGGGAAGAAGCAGCCUCAAGCUACCAAAGGGAUCCAAAGUCAUUGAAAGGAGCCAAAAAAACCUGCCAUUGCCAAGGAGAACAAAGAAGACCAUCCAAUAAAGCGUGAGAAGACCGCCCGCUGAAUUUUAAAGGUAACUUCCACUGAACACCAAUGGUAUUUUUUAUUUUUAAACCCCUGGCCAUAAAUGUUUUUUUUUUCCUAACUUUUAUGGGGGGGGCCUAAAGCAGAGCUGGGUGGACAGGCUCCAGGGGCCCCAGAAAACUUUGUCGAACAGGGCCCUGUGAUUUCUGUUGGCGGCCCUGAUGGAAGCAUUAGCAGGCUGCACACCAGCAUGUUAUAGCCUGUUGGAAAGGUUCCAGAAGCAAGUGCAAUGAAAGUAAAAGGUGGGGAACAAACUAUUUAUGGGAAUGGUGUUUCUUUAGGGCUUUCAGUGUUGAGCCUGCAAAACAUAUUAUUUGCAUUCCUGCAGCUGGACGUUAUUUUAUCAAUAAACCCCAAUACUGUAUUCUACAUGUUACAGAUUUUAUGAAUCGUUCUUCAUUGCCAAGAACAAUAAGCAUUUUAAGCAAAGUCUGUACCAAACGUAACCUUUGUGUCAAGAGUGAGGUUUUUUACUAUAUUGUCCAUUUUUGUCAACAGGUGUCUUUAUCUUACAUGGGAGGAAUGAGCAAAUAAUAAUUAUAAUUGGGGUUAGAUUUCUAUCUCCCAAUUUACCCUAUUAUUCACAUAGAGAGGCUGCAUUUGCAGACAGAAUAGGGUGCAGGUCUGAGCUGGGUGCUGUGCUUUUCUGGACAUGCCCCAGACAUCUGCUGCAUAAGCUGUAAGGAUCAUUGGUCCCUGUGGGCCCAUGCAAACACACAACUUGUCUGCGCAUAUAGCAUAGGGAACAAAUAAUAUCAACUUCUGGAACCUGGCCCAGAAAGCCCAGCCCAAGUUGUAUGUGUAUAGAGAACUAUAAAGUGACCUCACCCAGAGUUGGACCAAUCGGCUUUCUCUUUCAUGAGGUGCAAAUGCAGACUCCUUAUUUUCUCACUAAUAAUAAAUAGAGAUAACUAGUGAAAACUACCAGGUCUGCUUUUCUUCUCACAUUCUUUGCUGUCUUUGCAACUAACCUCCCUCCUACCCAGAGGAUAAUAAACACAAUGGAAUUCAGGGUCCAAUAGCUAUAAAGGAUUUAGGAGCCCAGUUACUCCCCGAACCUUAAGCAAACACUCUAUUUGCCAAAGGUCCCGAAACACAAGUUAUUAUGAACAGCAAAUGAAGAGCAGGAGGCCAAUGUUACACCUCUCUGUCAUUUGGGUUUAUUUAUAAUUCUUUAUACAGACCUGGUUUUCAAUGGGGAUUAUCAUGUGGUAGCAUGUAUUGUAUGUGGUAUAUGGUGUUUAAACAUGCUGGGCCUAUAAAGAGCUGAAAGUUACAACUAAUUCUAUUUUGGUUAAUGCUGCCCUUUUGCUGAGCUCUUCUGAUGUCCCUCCCCUCUGGUCACAGAAGGCUCUAUUAACCAAAAUAAUUAAAUUUAAAGAUCAAACCUACUGCUUGCAAGGCUCUAAAUCCUUCAGUUGAUUUACUAACACUGGCAAUGAGCUCUAACCUGUAUGCUACAGGUAGAAUAAGCUUUCUAGUUGGUCAUUGGCAGGAGGCUUGCACAGUGUUGGAAAAUAAGGCCAAGUGUGAUGAGUUCCCAUAAGUCAGUAGGGCCAGAGGUGGGAGCGAUGCCAUGCCCAGAUACUUGAGAUGACAGAUUUUAUAGUGGUGUGAACUGCAACAUCGACCCUUCCUGUCUCAGCAGAUGGGAAUGAAAUGACUAUAAGGGGGGUGAUGCACUGUAAUUCUAAGGUUUGGCUGGGGUAAGCAAUACUACAUUACUAUGGAAGGCUUCUUGCACGGGACACCUCAGGACAUUGUUUUGUUUUCCGCAAUCCAGAAGGUUUUGUAUUUUUCACAAUUCGAGGUGUACAUAGCCUUUAAAUAUGUGCGGCACAUGGUGUCCCCAACUUCUUUCUCACAGUAUGGUUGUAACUAUUCCAAUAAAGCCAAGAUGAAUUCAGAAAGUCA